AUGGCGCGUACCAAGAAGGAUACGGCCACCCAGGGUGCUCCAAUCCCAGGAGACCCUGAGCCCACAGAGGCUCAUGCUGGCGAGCACAGAAGAGCCAGCACCCGGGCACCGACGGUGCCAUUUCAAAUGGUGACCCGGAGGGGGGCCCAAAAGCGGACGAGCGGCGGCUCCGAGGAACACGCCGUCACAUCCAAUGAUCUGGCUUCGGCCGGGGAGGAUGUUUAUCCUGAGUUCGCCGCACUGCCAACGCCGGUUGGCCAAGGGGAGGAUGGCUCCGAGCUGCAAGCCGGGGUUGCCCCUUCUGCGGACGACGCAGGAGAUGCGCCUCGGCGCUCUUCUCGCGUCGUUCCAAAGAAGGUGGCACCGGCGCAGAGGAGUCUCCUCCUCGUCCUCCGGCUGAGCCCAGCCAAGCUGGAGUCGGUGACACCACUGGCCGAAAGGCUAGUGGUGGAAGCCUUCUCCACCAAAUCGAGUCCCCCCCCUCUGUCCCCAGUUAGCCCCGUAGUGGGAGGGUCGGCCCUCCCACCGGUUGAGGGACCGGCCCCGCCCCCCCGCAACAAGAGGCCAAGAACCAAGAAGGCUGUGUCGCCGGGCGCCGAGGAGCCCAAUGCCGAGGAGGAGCGCCCUAAGAAGAGGCGCAAGAACAAGAAGUCUGCUGAGGCAGCGGCCGGGGAGGAGCCUAUCCUCCCAGAAAAUGCUGAACCAGAAGUUCAGCAACCGGAGCCUCUCCCCAGCUUGGCUCCCCCUCCCCCUCCCCCCCUUCCACCGCCAAUGAGUCCGGAGCCUGCUGCUCCCGUACUUGAAGUGGAGGCUCUGAAGGCAGAGCCUCCACUCGACCCAAUGGAUGUUUCGCAGCCGGAGGAGCCGCUGCAGAAGAGGCGGGGGCGGCCGCCAAAGUCGGAGCUCCUCAAGAGACAGCGCCAACCACGACAACCCGUUGCCGCUCCAGUCGCCCCAGUCGGGCACCCCGUUGGGUCGUUGGCCCACCAGUUCCGAGAGCAGAUGCCGGAGGGCAUGAACAUGCUCGACAUCGUUGCGCUCGCUCAGUAUAUGCGAGCCAAGGACCUCCAGGCCAAGAAGAGGCCGAUGAAGCGGAGCAUCAAGAAGGGGUAUAGGGUCGAGCAUAGGGUCACCCGCGAGUGGUGUACCCAACGCGGCCAAAAGUUGAUUGGCCAACAGCGGAGGAUCGGGCGCCAUGUCCAGCGUGCCAAUGUGGCACUGGCCGACCAAGCGAUCAGGUUGGCCCAGAACGAUCCUACGUACUUAUCCGAAAACGGGCUUGGUGCACCCUUUUACUUUGCAGGCUUGCAACAGGCAGCCGAGCAGCGCGAUAAGCUCCGAGACAUUGGCGAUUUGAGGAGGGACCUCGAGCUACAGGCGGUAGACAACCGAAUCCAGCACACGAGGAUAAGACGGAGACGACAGAUCCGGAACGAAAUUGUCGAUGGUUUGGAGAAGCUUGCCGUUGAGAGAAAUCAUUUCUCUAACGCCAUCCGAACAUUUGCUGCUAAACAUCCUGACAAGUUGGAUGAGAUUAUCGAGGAAUGUGAGAAGACUGGCGAGGACAUAAACAUAGCUAUCCUCAGUGCUGCUUACGAGACACAUCCGAAUGACAUCGAGGAUGAUGAAGUUGUCGAAAAAAUCUGGGGAUCCCGCGGCCAUGGGCUUGGUAAAUGGUUUAAAUUUGUGGAUGAUAACCGCAUGGAUUUAGAUGAGGAGGAAGAACAGGAAGAGCAAGGGGGAGAGAAAGAACAACAAGCAGUUCUAGAACGCGACGAGCCUCAGACGCCAAACAAAGUUGUCGUAUCACAUGAGAAACAGCAGCCACCCACGUCGUUCGAAAGAGGGGGGUCUCCGGAAUCCGUUGAGAGGGAAGGAUCUCCAGUAUUUGACGAAAGAGAACAACCGCCAAUGUCGAAUGAAAGAGGCGAGUCACCGGCUCCCGAGGAAGGUGAGGAGUUGGCUUUGCCAGUAGACGCAGAAGAAUUCCAGUUAUCCGAUGAAAGAAACCAGCCUCAUGUCGACCUUUCAGAAUUGUUGGAGGUUGCGACCCAAGAGCUCCGGGCCAGCAGCAGACCUGUCCCCAAGAGCCCGACGACGCCUGGACCCGAUGUCGAAUUGUUGAACGUUCUUGCCUCAGCUGCCGCUCAGAGAGAGCAUAUUAUAGGCAACCCCGAACUACUACUCCCCCUUUCUCCUGGGCCAUCUUUACCCAAGGAACCAUCUCCAGCAUUCCAGGAGAGACCCUCACCAGCAUUUUCAGAAGACGAAGGUCUAGUCGCCACCUCCGCAUCACCACCCCCAUCAUUUGGAGGAGAAGGCAGUAUUGAUGAAAGAGCUAGCAAUUUCAGCGGCAGAAUUGUAGAGUCAUCGGCUGAACCUGGGUUUGCACUUAGUGGACCCGCACCGCCACCCGAAGUUUUGAAACCAUCAGCCCUAUACCAAGAGGUGGACCACGGCAGUAGAUUUACUGGAGAAACCAGACGUUGGAGUGAUAAUAGAAUUUUCCCAAUGGAUCGGGGCUCCAAUUUCUCACCUAUCGGAACCCACCACCAUUUCCUCCCGGGGCCAAGCCCCCCUCCUCAUCAAAGUCGUGGAUCGAGCGUUCAUUCCCUGCCACCACCACCGACGGCUUUGUCUAGUCCAGGUCGUUUGCUCCCUUCGCCUGUCCCAUCGACACGUUUCCCUGCCGCUUAUCAAGCACUUCCGCAGCGCAGUCCGAGUCCAGGUUUUUUCAAUCCACUUCCUCAUGAUCCUCGUUACCGUGGGGAUCAAAGUAGAUAA